AUUCAAUCUCCUCACGUCCAUAUCAGUCGCUGAGUGCUAUCAGCGCCUUUCGGACGGUACCCUGCGAAUUCGAACUUCUCAAGUGACGCGACCUGGACGGAUGAUCUGUCAAGCAUCUAUCUCACACUUCUUCCAGUCUUCAUCGCAGGAGCGCAGCGCUUUUCUGAUUCAUGAGAAGGAACGCAGACUAGCUCGGUGCCCAGUGCCACAUGACAGGUUGCACGUUAUGCGGCGUAUCUGACCAAUGGACUCGCAUCAUCCUUCUCCCCGAUUCAAUUUAAAAAGCUUGGGAGCCCACCCUGUAAACUUCGCUAUUGGCAGAUUCCUCACAUGGCUCCCUACGAUAUCAUCUUUGCUGGCGGCGGGACGGCAGCGUGCAUCAUCGCCGGGCGACUGGCUGCGGCGGACCCGACCCUGAAGAUCCUGAUCCUGGAGGCCGGGAAGCACACCAAGGACGUCAAGACGCACCAGCAGCCAGGGCGCUAUUUUGCGAAUCUGGUGGGGGGCGGAGACAGCUUCACCUACCACGACACGGUUCCCAGCAAGGCGUUGGGGAACCGCCCGUAUCUGCUGCCCUCCGCCAAGGCGAUGGGUGGAGGAAGCAGUGUGAACUUCAUGAUCUACACGCGCGCUUCGCCUUCCGAUUACGAUGACUGGCGCGAUCUGGGCAACCCGGGGUGGGGUGCUGAGGACCUAACUCCGCUUUCGAACAAGGCAGAGUCGUACGAAGAUACUGCGGCCGCCAACCACGGCACGUCGGGGCCCAUCAAGGUCUCGACGGUAGAGCACACGGGGAUUCGGAUCGGGACGCAGUUCCUGGAUGUUGCCACUGCGCGUGAUCCGGAGCGUGGAACGACAGACGACACCAACUCGCUCACGCGCUGGAACCGGUACAUGUCGCCGCAGACGGGCCACCGAUCGGACGUCGCGCACCAUUACAUCUAUAAUCAGCUGGACCAGAACAAGAACCUCGAGGUCCGAGCGCACUGUCGUGUCAAGCGGGUGAUCAUCGAAGGUGACAAAGCUGUCGGAGUGGAGUACAUCAGCCAUGCACCGGGUGACCCAAACGCCGACGUCGUCGUGUCGGCGUUUGGAUCCCUCAUCGUCGUGGCUGGAGGUGCGUUUGGAUCCCCAGCGAUUCUUGAGCGCUCGGGCAUCGGUGCACCCGCGCUGCUCAAGUCCCUCGACAUCCCAGAGGUCGUCGCGCUUCCCGGCGUGGGAGAGAACUACAACGGCGCACCAGACCACAACCGGCUGUUGAACGCCUAUCACACGUCUGACGACGAGGUCACCAUGGACAAGAUCUUCCGGGGAUUGGACAGCGAUAUCAAGCCCUUCGAGGACCAGUUCCUGGCGCAAGGGAAGGGGAUGAUGGCCCACAACGGCGUUGAUGCUGGGAUCAAGAUUCGACCGAACGCGAAGGACUUGGAGUCUCUCGGCCCGGCCUUUGCCGACCGCUGGGCGAAUUUCUUCGCGAACAACCCCGACAAGCCAGUGAUGUGGAUGGGGCCGCUUGCCGGAUACUGCGGAGAAAAUCCCAAUGUAGGCCAGGGCAACUUCUACGCGGUGGGAUACUACACGCAAUACCCCUCGUCGACCGGACGGACGCACAUUGUCUCGUCCGACCCGUACACCCCGCUGGCGAUCGAGCCCGGUUUCCUCAACACCGACGACGACGUGGCCGUGCUCCGGUGGUCGUACAAGUGGACCCGCGAAAUCUCCCGGCGCAUGGACGGGUACCGCGGCGAGUUCGCCCCGGACCACCCGCAGUUUGCGGAGGACAGCCCCGCGGUGUGCGUGCGGACGGUAGGGCCCGUCGCGCUUGACGCGCCGGAUAUCGUGUAUUCGGCAGCAGACGAUGAGGCGAUCGACACCUUCCAUCGCGCCUUCGUGGGUACCACGUGGCACUCGCUCGGGACGUGCGCGAUGAAACCACGGGACCAGAACGGCGUGGUCGACUCGCGGCUGAAUGUUUACGGCGUGAAGAACCUGAAAGUGGCCGACAUGAGUAUCGUGCCGACGAAUGUGUCCGCGAACACGUACAACACUGCGCUGAUCGUCGGGGAGAAGGCGGCGCUGAUCUUCGCCGAGGAAUUGGGGAUCAAGGGCGUCUAGAUCGAGGCUUCUAUUGGACAGGGAGAAUUGGCAACUACUUGUACUUUUAUGUCCCAAAGUGUACAAUUUGGGUAGAAUGGUCAUACAUCGCGGGGAUUGAGAGCUUUGCUUGCUUGAAGUUGCGUUCGUUGCUCGAGGCCGCCUUGAUUCAACUUCGAUGUCAGCUCCAGGAGACGCC